GAAGUGAUUGUCAAUGUGAUUAAUUGUUGGUUUACAUGUUCUUUUACUGAAUUUAUAAUCAUUACGCAACUUGCACUGGAAUGUCUGACUUUUGUAUUUGAAAGCCAAAAAAAACGUGAAUGAAUGAAACUGUAAAUUUUAUUCUUUAAGUAAGGAGGAAUUAUUAAUUGUAUAAAUCUCUGAGAUUUUCUCAGAUUAUAUUAACUACAACAAAGGAAAAAAUUCUUUAUUUGAGGAAUUAUUCAAUUGAUUAAUUAUACAAAAGAAAAAAUUGAAUUGUGUCUACAGAAAGAUAACAAGAUAUUCCGAAGUCAGUGUCUUGUACUUCAUUAUAGGCAAUAGUGGAUUAUAUCGACAGUAAUUUACAUGAACACAACUGCACUAGAAGAACCAAAUGACUGAUUAAGUGCAGGAACAGGGAUUUUAUCCUGGAGCAAAAAAUAUUCAAUAUAUUCUGUUUGAUUUUAAGUCUUUGUUGUUUUUCUGUGUAACCGAUAACGUUGAUUGAAGUGGUAUUAAAACACAAGGAGCUUCGUUUCCGAUUUUUCUUGAGUGUUUAAAGCAAAUCCGACUGAAAACCCUGUUAAUGGUAUCCUUUGGGAUAUUACUGAAGAAACAACACUCAUUGGAUAGUUUUUUUUAUGUCAUCAGGAGUUAACAUCCCAGUGGUUGGCCUCUAAGAUUUUUCAAUAUCCUCUUCUGGGCCUCAGGAUUAUCGAGUUUAUAUAACUUCACCCUUUUGGUUGAGUGCAGCAAAUUUUGCAAAAUUGAGUAAAAAAUUGUAAUCACUAGACUAUAAAAGAAAUGUGUGUUGACAAUUACUUGUAAGAACUCAUUGGAUGGAGGUGUUUUGAGCAGGCUCAGCGACCACUAAUCCGGAAAAUUUUAAAUUACAUUCAUUCUUUAUUAUAGAUAUGUACUAAAUUAAUUUGUAGUUCAUAGAGGUUUUUAUUGAUUUGGUUGUGGAGAAAUUGAAAAACGAUUGCAUUUCGUGUAAAUAAAACAUUAAUUUGGAUGUUUGAUAGAAGCAAAAGUGCUGAUUUGAUUGAAAAUUGAAUUACAAGUGAAAAUUUGACCAAAUUCAGUUCUUGAGUUGAUAAGUUUGUGUAGAAUACAGUUGUACUGCAACUAAAAGGAAAAUAACAAAUUAAGACUUUCACAAGUUAACACUUACAGUUAGUGAGAUUGCAAAUUUUAAAGGGCAUGGAUUAUUGUUUAUUAUUUCCUUUUGGAGAAAAAUAAGAUAACAUUUAUUAUGUAAAAAUAAUUCAGUGAGAAAGGAAGGUUUUAUCAUCGGAAGCAAUUCUGCUGGAUCACUUCAUAAACAUUGUAUACCUAAUGUUAAUAAUACAAAAAGUUUGGAUAUGGAUGGAAAUGGACCAGUUAUCAGUAGUUCAGAUGUAAAGUCAGAUUUAUCAAGAUCUGGCAGUGACAAUUCAGCAAAAAAUCCCAGAAUUCCUUUGUCAUAUCUUGUUGCCCUGUUGCAACCGUCCAACAUACCAGACACACUGGAUCGAGAGGCAUCAUCAGCACCGGAUCAUUCCGGACGAAUGGCGGUGACGCGUGUUCCAACACCGCCACCGCCAGAAAUGUCAUGUCCAGUAGCAGAAAACUGGUGUUACACACAGGUGAAAGUUGUGAAGUUUUCCUACAUAUGGACAAUAAACAAUUUUAGUUUCUGUAGAGAAGAAAUGGGUGAAGUUUUAAAAAGUUCCACAUUCUCAGCUGGAGCUAAUGAUAAAUUAAAAUGGUGUUUGAGGGUGAAUCCUAAAGGUUUAGAUGAAGAAAGUAAAGACUAUUUAUCGUUAUAUUUAUUAUUAGUGUCGUGUAAUAAAAGUGAAGUUAGAGCCAAGUUCAAAUUCUCAAUACUUAAUGCAAAAAGGGAGGAAACAAAGGCUAUGGAGAGCCAAAGAGCCUACAGAUUUGUUCAAGGAAAGGACUGGGGAUUUAAAAAAUUUAUACGAAGAGAUUUUCUUAUGGACGAACAAAAUGGCUUAUUGCCAGAUGACAAAUUAACAAUAUUUUGUGAGGUCUCAGUAGUAGGUGACACAGUAAAUGUGUCGGGACAGUCAAAUUGUACCCCAGUCAAAGUACCAGAAUGUAAAUUAAGUGAUGACCUUGGUAGUCUCUUUGAAAGGUCAUCGUUUAGUGAUGUCACGUUAUGUGUUGGAGGAAGAGAAUUUCAAGCUCAUAAAGCAGUAUUAGCAGCUAGGUCUCCUGUCUUUAAUGCAAUGUUUGAACAUGAAAUGGAAGAAAGAAAGCAGAACCGUGUAGAAAUUACAGAUGUUGAUCAUGAGGUGAUGAGAGAAAUGUUACGAUUUAUAUACACAGGGAAAGCCCCCAACUUAGACAAAAUGGCUGAUGAUUUAUUAGCUGCUGCAGACAAGUAUGCAUUAGACAGAUUAAAAGUUAUGUGUGAAGAGGCAUUGUGUUCAAAUUUAAGUAUAGAAAAUGUGUGUGAAGUUUUGGUGCUAGCUGAUUUACAUAGUGCUGACCAGUUAAAAACACAUGCUAUAGAUUUUAUAAACAGUCAUGCAACAGACAUUAUGGAAACCCAAGGCUGGAAAACAUUAAUUCAAAAUCAUCCUCAUUUAAUCGCUGACGCUUUUCGUGCUUUAGCAAGUCAGCAGAGUCCACCAUUAGGUCCUCCAAGAAAACGAGUGAAGACUUCAUAGCCCUUGUAGUUAACAUUAAUAGUAUAUGAACUACAUUAGCUUUCCUGUAAAUUAUUCCCAGCAAAUUAUGUGAUACUGUUGCAACAGAUUUUAUAUUGAGGACUUGAUCAAAGAACAGACUUGAUAUAGACGUGAGGAAAACAGCAUACAGAUAAACCUACUAACACCUGAGGGUUAGUCGAUAAAUCUUUUGACGGGGAUCACUCUUGUGACAGUUAAAAAGAAGAAAGAGAAAGUUGCAACCUUUCCCAUUUAUUCCUUUAGUUUAGCACCAGGAAUAAUUGCUAUGGUUAAAGUGGCAAAGUAUCGUGAAGAAUUUAGAAUGUGGAAUUCAAACUUGUCAAGGACAGGUUACUACAGAUAAAUUAGUCGCUAGUUACUAAAUAUGUAUUGACACUUAAUAAAUGAUCCAUGAGUCAUUAGUGCAUUUUAUGUAUUUAUAGUUAAACUGGUAUGCUAUUAUUUGUACAGAAAGCAUGUUUAACUUUAAUGUUAAACGAGUGAGUGGUAUGCUUACUUAAUAGAACCAUUGCAAUUGUAAAACUCCAAUAUUUUGCAAUAUCAAAAAGUCUCAAAGCUGUUAAAUCUGAUUGUUUUGUUCAAUUGAUUCAGUAAUGUUCCUAAAAGCCUAUUUUUAUAUAGGUUCAAAGAAUGCAUGUUCUUCUUUUGCCUUCUUUAUGCUUUAUUUGUACAUGUAGUAUUGCAAAAUGUAUUGUUCAAAGACAUUUUGAUAGGAAAUACAGUUUUUUGUCAAAUUUAAACUAUGCUGUUCAAAUGCACUGUUAAAAGCAAUAUUCAUCGCAUAUUUUUCAUUUAUGUGGGCAACUUGGGAUCGCUGACCCAACUCUGCUUGAUAUAAAAUCAGUCAGGUAUUGUUACUCAAUCUGAAUAUUUUCAUUUUUACAUGUCCGAAAUGUGCAUGUAAUAUUUGCCACUGGAUGUUAAACAUAGAAUAAAUCUCCAAACAAUAGUAUUUGGCUUGAAUUGUGCAACAAUUAUGUUAAAGUUUGUGUCUUUGUUCCUUUUCAUAUAAUAAAUCAGUGCUUUCACACAAUUCUUUUAUUUUUUGCAUCAUUUUACAUAUUUCUAUAUCCUUUGUUGAACUGCAAAGCAGCAACUUAGGAUCCCAUAAAGUGAGGGCUAUUUAAAGGAUAAAAGCAAACACUGUUUGUACCAGGAGAUUAAUGAUAUGUUUUGUAGUGAAACAUAAAUCAUAGUUUUUUUCACCAUCACAACAGCUGUUUUAUUUACCAUUUUCGCAGAAUGAAUGGAUAUUUGUAUGAUUGUAAUCUGUAUACAUGGAAUUUAUGUUAAAAUGUAUUUAUGACUUUGUAAAUUUUUUGCCAAAUAUCACAAUUCCAAAUUUGGUGUCAUUAAAUUAAAGAAUAUUAGCUAGUGUAGUUUAAGAUUUAAAUGCUAUAGGAUAAUUAUUGAGAGAAAUAAAGAACUUUUUGAGAAAGAUAAAUGCACAUGUAAGGUAUAUGUCAGUGAAUAAGGUAUGUGAAGGCUAUUUUAUUUAAAUGUAUGUAUCUAUGUUUGGGUGGAAUGUAUUAAUAAAAUCAAUUUUGAUAGCCCAGCACAAUUUUUUUUUUUAAUACUAUGAUUAAUGUAAUUUGACAGUAACCAGUUUUGAAUCUUUGUAAUGUAGACGCUCUAAGAUAAAGGAAAAGAACCAGAAGAGUUAGUGUUAUAGUGUUGAUAUUGAUGCAUUGUUUCAAAAAUGAGAGCACACUCGAAGCUUUUAAUUUUUUUAAAGGCACAGAAACCUGUUUACAGUAUAAAUAGUGUAUUGAAUAUUGGACAUGAGAUUGAGGUUCAGCAGGUCUGAACUUAUUGUUGAUUGUGUAUUAUUUUGACUUAUUUCAGCUAAAAAAAUGUAGGGUUGUUCCAUUCAAACAAGCAAUCUACCAAGGGAAAGCAUUUAAAAAUAGGAUCAUCAUUCAUAGAUUCAAUUAUAGAAUUUAUCCACUUUCACUAUACAGCAUAAAUCCAUAGCCGAGAUUUUGAAUUGUCUCCCCUUGAUCUUAUGUAUGUUUGUUAAGAAACCGUCCUAAAAAAUAUAGAAUACCAUACAUAAAAACAAAAGCAUUUCUUGAUUUCAGUUUCAUUAUUAAAUACUUUUUUCAAAUUUAUAAAAGUUGCUAGAAACUAACUUUAUUAAAGUGCAAAAUAGGGUUUUUGUUUUCUUGAUUAAUUUUUUCUUUUUCUUUUCUUUUCUUUUGUCUGGUUAAUGUUUUAUGAAAUUAUACUAAAUAAAUCAGGAUUUUUGUAAUAAACUACAAAUUGCAUUAAACAUUUAAGAUAUUUAACAGAGAAAAUGACACUGAUAAACAAAGAAGCACAAUUAAUGGACUAAAUAGUCUCAAUUUACCCAGAUUCUAAAUAUCGAGGGGUAAAAACCUAUUUAUAGUCUCUAUCCCCUGGUACUUGAUUACUUAUCUUAACUUAUUGUUAAACUAUGUAAAAAUUUACUUGUUCCGCUUAUAUGAGAUAUUUUUAAAACAAAUUGAUAAGUGCCCCUCAAAACUUAAUUAACAAGUAAACCUGUUUAUAAAUAAUGCAAAAUCCACAUUUUUAUUGGAGAAUGCUACGGUUAUGUAAGAUUACUCGAGAUUGGAUAAUAAUUUUUUGUUUACAAAAGACCAUUAAUAUUUUAUGCAUGCUGUUUAAAAAGUAUUUAUUAUCCAAAUAAGUAGAAUAUUAAUGCAAGUCUCUUUGUCACAGCAUCAUGGAUAUAAUAGGCCAUUGCUAUUUACUUAUUGGUAUGCUAGCAUUCCUUUGUCAUAGCAAGACCUGCUUAACUACCAUGCUUCAUCAACUUCUGAAUUUUUAGCUCACCUGGUCCGUCGUCUGUCGUCGUUAACUUUUACAAAAAUCUUCUCCUCUGAAACCACUGGGUCAAAUUAAAUUAAACUUGGCCACAAUCAUCAUUAGGGUAUCUAGUUUAAAAAAUGUGUCCGGUGACCCGGCCAACCAUCCAAGAUGGCCGCCAUGGCUAAAAAUAGAACAUAGGGGUAAAAUGCAGUUUUUGGCUUAUAACUCAAAAUCCAAAGCAUUUAGAGCAAAUCUGACAAGCAAUUAAAUUGUUAUUCAGGUCAAGAUCUAUCUGCCCUGAAAUUUUCAGAUGAAUCCGACAACCCGUUGUUAGGUUGCUGCCUCUGAAUUGGUAAUUUUAUGGAAAUUUUUGCUGUUUUUGGUUAAUAUCUUGAAUUUUAUUAUAGAUAGAGAAAAACUGUUAACAGCAAUAAUGUUCAGCAAAGUAAGAUUUACAAAUAAGUCAACAUGACCGAAAUGGUCAGUUGACCCCUUUAGGAGUUAUUGCCCUUUAUAGUCAUUUUUAAACCAUUUUUCAUAGAUCUUAGUAAUCUUUUAGAAAAAUCUUCUCCUCUGAAACUACUGGGUCAAAUUUAACCAAACUUAGCCACAAUCAUCAUUGGGGUAGCUUGUUUGAAAAAUGUGUUGGGUGACCCGGCCAACCAUCAAAAAUGGCCGCCAUGGCUUAAAAUAGAACAUAGGGAUAAAAUGCAGUUUUUGGCUUAUUACCAUGAUUACUCAAAAACCAAAGUUUUAGAGCAAAUCUGACAAGGGGUAAAAUUGUUUAUCAGGUUAAGAUCUAUCUGCACUGAAAUUUUCGGAUGAAUCUGACAUUCCGUUGUUAGGUUGCUGCCCUUGAAUUGGUAAUUUUAAGGAAAUUUUGCUGUUUUUGUUUAAUAUCUUGAAUAUUAUUAUAGAUAGAGAUAAACUGUAAACAGCAAUAAUGUUCAGCUUAGUAAGAUUAACAAAUAAGUCUAUAUGACCAAAAUGGUCAAUUGACCUCCUAAGGAGUUAUUGCCCUUUAUAGUUAAUUUUAAACAAUUUUCAUAAAAUUUGUAUAUUUCACUAUCAUUUUCCACUGAAACUAACUGGACCAAGUUCAUUAUAGAUACAGAUAAUUGUAAGCAGUAAUAAUGUUUAGUAAAGUAAGAUCUACAAACACAUCACUAUCACCAAAACGCAAUUUUGUCAUGGAUCCAUCUGUGUCUUUUGUUUAAUAUUCACAUAGACCAAGGUGAGCGACACAGGCUCUUUAGAGCCUCUAGUUUACAUUCCUCAACAGUUUUAUAAUUAGGUGUGCUUACUAAAAAUAACUCACAAUUGACCCUCUAUAAAUAUUUUGAAUGCUAUCUAUUAUCAGUAUUUCAUGUCUUGAAGAUUGUGUACCUUGUAUCCUGUCGCUUUGUAAACUGAAUUUAAAGUACACAUUGCAUUUUUUUUUAAUUCUCUUUUAAGCAAUACCUCUGUUUUAUCUAUUAUUUAUAUACGAGAAAGAACAGAUAGGGAUAUACAUAAUAAAUAUUCUAACUUUUUCUUUAGAGAUAAUUAUUUAUAUAUUCAAACAAAAUAUGGCCAGUAAUAUUGACAUUUUUCAAUAAAUACUGUGGAUUCACUUAUUUUUGUGGGUACCAAUUUUCGUGGAUUGAGGAGAAUAUGCAUUUUCAAUGAUAUUUGAUUUCAUGUUUUUUGUCAAUCUCUGCACACUAAGCCUUUUGAACAUUUGUAAUUUGUUGAAGAUUUGAAUUUGUGGAUCACCCGUAUUCAUAAAACCCAUGAAAAUUGAUAUCCACUAAUUAGAAAUGAACCCACAGUACUUUGAAUUUCUGUUUCUCGUAGAGGUAUUGGUUUCUAACAAGUCACUGUGUGCAAUUUUAUUUAAAGGUCCAGUAAGAGGUACAAGUCAAUAUAACAUGUGAGGAAUGAUAUUUUUUUGAAGACUUAUUUAUUUGUGUUAGUGCUAAGUUUAAAUGGUUAUGAAUCAAUAUUAUGGGAUGACUCAGCUUAGUCUUUAAGUCUUUCCUAUGCUUUUCAGUCUGAAGUAAUUUAUAGGUUUUCACAAAGUAUUGUGUAUUUUUAAUUAAGCAUGAUCUUUUGUGUAAAAUGCUUUUCUUUAAAAAAAAUAAUGGGGGAAAAUGUGAUUAAAAACUUUCAAAUUCAAGAAAGAGUUGAAACUGAUUUUCCUUAUUUGUAAAUUUAUUUCACAACAAUGUCAUUUAUUUAAAGUCCUUUGAUCUUUACCAAUAUUCAAGUAUCACUUACAUCUGUAUGUUUUUUUGGAGGUUUAAAACAACAUGUUUGGUAACAUUAUAAUAAAUGUGAAAGAUGAAUCAGAACUGCAAAUUUGAUUUUUGAAUUUGGCAAAUUUUGAAUACAAGUAUGAAAGUGAUGAAUGAAUAAAUGGAAAUAUGGGGUAUAAAAUAGCAUCAAUGGAUAUAAACAUAUUCUGUUGGAAGUAAAUCUAUGUAUUUUCAUUUAAACACAUUCAUUUUUUUUAAGGAUAUCUGCUCUGAUGCAUGAAAACAUAAAAUUUGCAGUAUUGUUAAAAAUUGCAUUCAGCAGUCGUUUGCUGAUUUUUUUUCCUAUUUAUAAAAAAUACAAAUUGCUGAAAACAUUAAAGUACAAUAUUAAGACUUGAAUUUAAAUAUCAGUAAGUCUAAUUUUUGACCUGCAAGUGAAACAAAUACAAAGGAAAUGGUUUUACCUCUUUGUUGGAUUUAAAUGCAGGAAUUGAGAAUUAGGAAAUUCAGAUAACUUUAAGCUGAUGUUAUAUCCAUAAAUUUUGUGGUGGGUGAAAAGAGCAUUCAAUCUCAUUCCAUGUAAAUUAUUAUAUAGGUAUAUAUGUUGUAAAUAAAUCAAUGAUCAAAAACUA